AUGCAUCGAAGGCACACAACCCUUCGGGAGAAAGGCCGGAGACAGGCUAUCCGAGGCCCCUACAUGUUUAACGAAAAGGGCACCAGCCUGACCGUGGAGGAAGAACGCUUCCUGGAUUCUGCGGAAUAUGGCAACAUCCCCGUGGUGCGGAAAAUGCUGGAGGAGUCCAAAACCUUGAACUUUAAUUGCGUUGAUUACAUGGGACAAAAUGCCUUGCAGCUAGCAGUGGGGAAUGAGCAUUUGGAAGUGACUGAACUCCUUCUGAAAAAGGAGAAUCUGGCUCGAGUUGGAGAUGCGCUGCUGUUGGCCAUCAGUAAGGGAUAUGUGCGCAUUGUGGAAGCAAUAUUGAACCAUCCAGCCUUUGCACAAGGGCAGCGUCUCACACUAAGCCCCCUUGAGCAGGAACUACGCGAUGAUGAUUUUUAUGCUUAUGAUGAAGAUGGAACUCGGUUUUCUCAUGACAUCACCCCCAUAAUACUCGCUGCUCAUUGCCAAGAGUAUGAAAUUGUCCAUAUCUUGCUUCUGAAAGGGGCACGGAUAGAAAGGCCCCAUGACUACUUCUGCAAGUGCAAUGAAUGUGCUGAGAAGCAGAGGAAAGAUUCCUUCAGUCACUCUCGAUCGAGAAUGAAUGCCUACAAAGGAUUAGCAAGUGCCGCUUAUUUGUCUCUUUCUAGUGAAGACCCCAAUGAUUACAGGAAGUUAUCUAUGCAAUGCAAGGAUUUUGUUGUGGGUGUACUGGAUCUCUGCAGGGAUACAGAAGAAGUGGAGGCUAUUCUGAAUGGAGAUGUGAACAUAAAAGUGUGGCCUGAGCACCCCCGCCCAAGCCUGAGCAGAAUUAAACUUGCCAUUAAAUAUGAGGUCAAAAAGUUUGUUGCUCAUCCCAACUGUCAGCAGCAACUGCUCACCAUGUGGUAUGAAAAUCUCUCAGGCUUACGUCAGCAGUCUAUAGCUGUGAAAUUCUUGGCUGUCUUUGGAGUCUCGGUAGGCCUUCCUUUCCUCGCCAUAGCAUACUGGAUCGCUCCCUGCAGCAAGCUGGGACGGAUCCUCCGAAGCCCUUUCAUGAAGUUUGUGGCACAUGCAGUUUCUUUUACAAUCUUCCUUGGACUGUUAGUAGUGAAUGCCUCAGACCGGUUUGAAGGAGUGAAAAAUCUUCCCAACGAGACCAUCACGGAUCAUCCCAAACAAAUAUUUAGAGUAAAAACUACUCAGUUCUCAUGGACAGAAUUACUAAUCAUGAAGUGGGUUUUAGGUAUGAUAUGGUCAGAAUGCAAAGAAAUCUGGGAAGAGGGUCCACGCGAAUAUGUCAUGCAUCUUUGGAACCUGCUGGAUUUUGGGAUGCUAUCUAUCUUUGUGGCAUCGUUCACUGCAAGGUUCAUGGCUUUUCUCAAAGCAACUGAAGCACAACAGUAUGUAGACCAGUACGUUCAGGAUGAUGACCUCAGUAAUGUCACCCUUCCCCCUGAAAUUGCUUACUUUACUUAUGCCAGGAACAAGUGGCUUCCCUCGGACCCUCAGAUCAUAUCAGAAGGACUAUAUGCAAUAGCUGUGGUACUCAGCUUCUCCCGUAUUGCUUACAUUCUUCCAGCCAAUGAAAGCUUUGGCCCUCUUCAGAUCUCUUUGGGAAGGACAGUGAAGGAUAUCUUCAAAUUCAUGGUCAUCUUCAUCAUGGUGUUUGUUGCCUUCAUGAUUGGAAUGUUCAACCUUUACUCUUACUACCUUGGUGCAAAAUAUAACCCAGCAUUUACAACGGUAGAAGAAAGUUUUAAAACCUUAUUCUGGUCAAUAUUUGGCUUGUCUGAAGUGAUAUCAGUGGUGCUGAAGUAUGAUCAUAAGUUCAUUGAGAAUAUUGGAUAUGUACUCUAUGGAGUUUAUAAUGUUACCAUGGUGGUGGUGCUGCUCAAUAUGUUAAUAGCCAUGAUCAACAACUCCUAUCAGGAAAUUGAGGAGGAUGCAGAUGUGGAGUGGAAAUUUGCUCGUGCCAAGCUCUGGUUAUCAUACUUUGAUGAAGGAAGGACUCUGCCUGCUCCUUUUAAUCUAGUGCCAAGCCCUAAAUCAUUUUAUUAUCUCAUAAUGAGAAUAAAAAUGUGCCUCAUAAAACUCUGCAAAUCUAAGGCCAAAAACUGUGAAAAUGAUCUUGAGAUGGGUAUGCUGAAUUCCAAGCUACGGAAAGUUCGUUUUCAGUCAAGCGCUCGAAAUUCAGAAAAUUUUACUGUGAAGAAGGCUUAUAACAAGCCCGCGAGAUAUCAGGUGGCAACACGUCUUCCAUCUGGAUUGAACUACCUUGGCCAUCUCCAGCAUACAAAAAUAAUGAAGCGUCUUAUUAAGCGAUAUGUCCUGAAGGCUCAGGUUGAUCGAGAGAAUGAUGAAGUCAAUGAAGGAGAACUUAAAGAGAUUAAGCAAGAUAUUUCCAGUCUCCGCUACGAGCUUCUAGAAGAAAAGUCAGAAGCUACUGGAGAGUUAGCAAAACUAAUACAGCAGCUGAGUGACAAGUUUGGGAAGAACUUAAAUAAGGACAUUUGAUGGUGAACAAAGAGACAACUAGUUUUCUAAACAUUAUUUGAUAUUUCAACCAGCAUUUUAAGGGAGCAAAAACAGUGCAAGAGAUGCGUAUGGAGUCCUCAACUUUUGCCACCUAAGAAAUAUUGGUGAGGGCCCUGUGCAUUAGAAUAUGUUUUUGGGUGAAGCCAACAAUCGGUUAAUAUCUUUACGAUAUAAAGGUGACAUUUGGGUAUAAAACAAGCCCAUUGACAUCAGAAAUAAAUGCACCAUCUCCAAAAGAUAAUCAUACUUAUAUUAGAUACCCAAAGCACCUUUUAAAAAAAGCAAACAGCCAAAUCCUUAGCUGGCAUGAAUCAGCAUAGUUCCAUUGAAGUCAAUGGAGCCAAACUGAUUUCUGUCAACUGGAGAUUUGACCCAUUACAGCUAGGCCUUAGAUCUGGGUGAACCCUGCAGAAUAAUAUUCCACAAAUAUUCAUUAAAACUUUUAAACAAAUUCACCUUCACUUAGAGGUGUGCACUCCUUUUGUGCUCGCUUUCCAUGGACACCCAUGAAAUUGAGUUAGAACAGCACUGAGGUUAAUGGAAAGCAAAUGUGAAAACACACAGUAAAAUGUAGUGAUCUCAAAUUGCCUUCCUACGAGGAUUUAUACUAGAAACUUCAUUUUAAGAGUUAACUCAUUCAGUCAAGGAAGAAUAACAAUACCAUGUGACUUGUGACCAAUCACAAUGAGGCAACGCAGCUCAGAUUUUGAAUGUCAAAUGGUAAGCCAUAGCAUCGAUGAAAUUCACAAAGAAUGUUGCUGAACGGUUUCAAACUAUGAAUACAUUCGGGGCGGGGGGAACCCACCUCAAGCUGGCUGGGGACAUUCCGUCAACAAAAAGGGGGAAUUUGUCAAAAAAGGAUUUGCUAGGAGUUAUUUGCUCAGCCAUAGUAAAGAAAAACAGGGAGAAGUUUUAAAAAUUACACCAAUGUACAAGCUGCAGUGGUACAAAGUCCUCCGGUUGUACUCUUACAAGGGAAACGUUCAGAACAUGAUUUAUUUGGUGUUUUAAGCUGCUCAAAGCACACCUUAUUACUUUGGAAACACUAAACUGUACUGUUUGUUUACAAGGUGCACCUAUGAGAUGACCAUUACAUUUAGAUAUCAGCUAAGAAAAAUAAGCAGAAUCAGAAGGUGACCUGUGAUCAGUUCUUAAGUGCCAGAUGAGAACACAGAUAGCCUAGUAGAGUAAUAGUUAUAUUUGUAAAAAAACAAAAAUAAAAACAAAAAGAAAAACGUGUACUGU